AUGUCCUUCGAUACUUUGCAAAAUUCGCGCUCUAUCCACAGGAUCCUAACAUUCGUUGGCCUUUGGUUUGAUGACGAGAUAAAGCAUGUGCCAGCGCUUGUGAUUAGUCUGCUCAUACAUGUGCCUCUGACAUUUACCUACACGCUGCUUAUGUGGAUGGAGGUUAUUGUGAGCACCGACCUUUACCAAGCCACAGAUGUCCUCUAUAUUGCCCUGACUGAGACCGCACUGAUUAUGAAAAUUCUCAGUAUACUGCGCCACAGGCAUCUGGCCAAAUCCAUGUUCAGGCAAUUACGAUAUGAUGACAAAUUUCAACUGAAAAAUGUCCAAGAACACAUGAUGUGGAGGAGAUCCUUCAAAAAGUUUAACCUUGUUUCCCGUCUCUACAUAGGAUGUUGCCUUUUUGUGCUGUGUGCAAGUUUAGCCGUUCCUCUGUUUGUCGAGGAGUAUACGCUGCCGUUUCCAUUCUGGACACCAUUCGACUGGCGCCAACCGAUCUACUACUGGUAUGCCUAUAUCUACGGAGCACUGGCCAUGCCUCUGACCUGCUUGUCAAACUGCACCCUAGAUAUGUGGCAGUGCUACAUAAUGCAACAUUUGGCUGCAUGUUUCCGGCUGAAUGCCAUGCGCCUGCAAAAGGUAGGCAACGCUAAUGAGACCGAUGUGCAAGUUACUGAGGCGGUGAUAUACAUCAUACGACUAGAGCAGGAAGUAAAGAGAAUGGCUUUGAUAUGCGAACGCAUUGUGUCGGGUCCAAUUUUCGUUCAGAUUUUUAUUAGCGCCCUCGUUUUAUGUUUUACGCUGUAUCGGCUACAAAAUUUUAACCUCCUAGCGGAUUGGGGUUACUGUCUAUGUUUGAUUAUGUACGCCAACUGUAUGACAUUGCAGAUAUUUAUGCCCUGCUAUUACGCCCACCAAUUAACCGUCGAAUCGUCGCUGUUGCUGGAGAGUGCCUAUAGAUCCAAUUGGAUAAACAUGUCACCAUAUAACCGUCGUCUUAUACUCUUGUAUAUGAAUUAUUUGAAAAGACCAAUCGUCCUUGGGGCUGGCAAAGUGUUCAGAAUUGGUUUGCCGACUUUUUCCAAGACAAUUAACAACGCCUAUAGUUUCUUCGCUUUGCUACUCAAUAUGGAUGUGAAGUGA